AUCCUUUUUCAGGACAGAAAGAUGACAUUAGAGGUGUAAUUGUUAAAAAAGUGUUUGGAGAAUAUGAAGAUGUUGCCUAUAAUGAAAUUUCUACAUGGAAUUUGUAUAACUUCUUACUUUAUCGCAUCAAGCAACAAGAUUUUGUGGUUGAUCCAGCACUAGAAAAUGGUCAUUAUGCAAGCUUUUUAGGAUAUUUUAAAAAUGAACAUGGUGAUGAAGGAGAUUUUCUUCUAAAGCAAUAUAAGAUCCUAUGGGAAGUUAUUUCUGGAGACAAUGUAAAGGAGCUUCAAUUAGUUUUUGAAACUGUAUUAACCUUGAAAGACAAUUAUUUACAAUCUAAAGGCACUCGCGUAAUAUGCGUAGAUAUUUUGGACCCUCGAUUAAAGGAAAAAUUGUCCAAAAAAGACUUGGAUGAUUUAUCGGAAAAAUUAUCCAUUCCAAUCAAUGAUUCUAAUGCUUUACAUGUAAAGAACUAUGCAGAUGAUAUUUUAACUUGGUAUACUGGUUUAAAUACUGCACCGUUACGCAAUAAUUCAAAAAAGCCAGAAAUUUCUCCAAAUUGUAGUCGCCGCUGUGAUUUAAUUUUAUGUGAUCAAUACGAUUAUGUACAUUUGGUUGGUGAAGUGAGUGGUCCACCCUCAAAAAAACUUCCAAAUAAAGAAAGAUUUGAUCUUGGUAGAAACAAUCGCAACGCCAAAGAUGAGAAAAGUUUAUGCGAACUAGCUAUAAUUGCAGAGUUCGGACCAAUUUUAGAGGAAUCAGAUUUAGAUAUUCUAUUAAAUGAAUUAUAUGUAUUUAUGAUCCAAGUAAAAAUCUUAUCACAAGCAAUUACUUUAUCAACUCCAUCAUCUUCACCAUCAAGCGAUGACACACCUGAUUCUCCGAAAGCAUCAAUAGUAAAUUUAUUGGAUUUCUUUAUUACUCCGGCACGAGCAAAAGAAACUCUUAGGGAAAUGAAUUCUUUAUUUACUUUAGAGCAUGUUUUUGCUACCAGCACCAUUCUUCAUACACCAGAACGUUUGCCAAUAAAUGCCGAUGAUGAUGAUUCAAUUCCCGAUAUUCAAAUUUGA